AUACAACAACACCUACUGUAACCACACCUACAACAACGACACUUACAACGACCAUACCUACUACAACUACGCCUUUUGCUAUCAAACCAACCACACUUACUCCUGGUAGCUCUGUUAUUUCAGCAGAACAAAUAAUCAUUGCAGUAAAGUUGACGGUCGUUGUUGAUAUUGUGUUUCCCGAAGACUUGAAGGACAAAUCGUCUGCUCUUUAUCAAACUUAUAGCGAGUCAUUCCGUAACAUGAUUUAUACCAAGUACAAUGGCACAGAUGGGUUUGAGAGGGUGACUAUCAUCGGAUUUACGAACGGUAGCGUCGAAUGUAACUAUAGACUUAGAUUUGCUGCCGGUAAGUCGAAAGACUCAAUCCUGCAAUCCGUCAAACAUAAUAAAUGGGCAAAAGAGAAAGUGAGCCUGCCUGGUUACAAAACAGUUGGCAUUGAUCAGUCAAAGACAAACACAAAAUGGCAGAUAGAUUUAGAAAAAGCGAAAAACUCAAGGAUUUGUGAUUUACAAGAUAACUGCAAUGAAUACCAAAUUUGCAAAGAAGGUGAUAAAUCAAAUUACCCUUUCAUCUGUAAUUCGAAAUGCACGUACGAUUUAUGUGGUGACUACGGACUUUGCUUACUUCAUCCGUCAGGGAACACAAGGUGCAUAUGCCUCCCAGACACCGUAUUCGAGCAUUACAGUGAUAGCUGCUUAAAGUCUAGUGACCUCACAAACAUUCUGGUAGUUACCGCAGGGUUAGGAGGAGCAGUUAUCAUCGUCAUCGUAGUCGUCAUCGUAUGUGUAUGCAAGAAAAGAAGGACAACAAAGAAAACCCAUAGUAGUACAAGACAUAAUCGAGAUUAUGGCAGUGAAAUCAGUAUGCCAACAAGAAUGGAGAACUUGAGGGCCAAUAGGGCGUACAAUAUUGGGACCGGGGACCGGGGACCACCAAGACGGGAACACAUGGUGUGGAGUUCCGAAAAUGAACGCCCGGCAGCCUACUAUAACGGCUGGGAAAGAAUCAGCGACCAACCAGUUGUACCGUCUCGGAUGUAUUUGCCAAUAGAAAUAUCGAACCCGCCACGUGACUACCACACUUCAGCGGCACAUGAGCAUAGAAGACCCAAAUACGUUGAACCCGGUGACUCGUACAGAUUAUUAGACACAGAAAAUCAGCUUUAUAUCCGACGCCCAAGGUUGUCAACACGACACAGCGACAUGUUUGGGUACCAGGAACGAUUCGUUUAAGAUGUGUGGAUGACUUUUGUCGGGUAUUUAACAGUAUAACAUUGCUUUGCGAAUUUAUUAACCUGCGACAUUAUUGAUGGAUUCUCAUAGAAAAGUUUGUUCAUGAUUUUCUGUGGUCAGGCGUGUGAACAUUUUAGACACACUAUAAUUAACAGGUUAGCAAUUUAGCUAAUUAGUUGUCGAUAAAGCUUAUUAAUUUUGUCUGUGAUAUAAAAACGAUGGUCUAAAGACGAGGACAACAGGUGUGUGACAUCGGUCACCUUACCAAUGGAAGUUCCACUGCAGCACUGCAAUAUAUGAAAUGUAUGUGAACGGCACUGCAGCGCUGCAAAGAAUGGAAUGUCUGUGAACGGCUGGCUUACUAGCUAUCUUUCAAAUGGUAGAAUCGGAUAUGUCUUGCCUGCUGGACAGGAGAACCAGAAUAAGAGAUGCCGCUUGGAUAAGCUGAUUUAAUGGAACUGAUUACCUGGUAUAUUUGAACGGAUGUUAAAACUAUAAAAAGCCAAGUAUUCUCAAUUCAGUAGUAAGGUAGUUCAGCGAUAUAUUGUUAUACAUUCUUAACAUUAAUAUGUUUCUAAUAUAUGCGUGGCUAAAAAGUCAAUAUUUAUCGAUAUCGUGUAUUGUUCAUAUAUCCUGAAUUACGGAUAAGGCGCGACUUAUUAUCCUGUGAGAAAUAUUUUCUUUUGUCUUUUUUCAAUGCUGUCUGACUUUCGAAGGAUAUUAACGAAUAGGCAGUAUAUGGCUUAUUUUCAAAAUUCAAAGACUAUUAAGCAGGUUCAAACAUAAAAAAUUCAAAGACAUUUUUUACGACUGGCCUACUAUUUUUUUAAGUUUGUGAUGAAUUUGACUGUAAGGAAUCACAGACUUGUUAGGGCCGGCUUAUUUUCCAAUAAGGAUAGAAGUUUUAGGUGAUGCGAAUGUAAUAUUAUCAUUUUCAACCAAGUGGUACUUGUAUAUGAGUUCAUUAUAUAAACAGAUUGACAUUUUUUCAUAUAACCAAGGCAGUAAUUGAUAAAAUAAAUUUUGGAAAGUUAAUAUAGAAGUGAAUCCGACCAGUAAUACUUUCAUGAUUUAAAUACUAGCAGGGAUAAUUGCACCAUUUUCAUUUAUAUUUCUUCAUGAUCUAAUUAUAUUUUAUUAAAUAAGUGCAGUCUUUUUUAUUGAAUAAGCAAAAAAUCCUUUCUUUUUUAUUGAGCAUCUUGUAUAUCAUGUGUGCAAUUUCAUCUAACAUCAAACUCCUUUAUCUUGUUAAAUAUGUAUAAUCUUC